AUGGGCGCUAGGUCGCCGUCGGGCUUUUACGUGGGCAGGAGGGCAGCCGCGCUGCUGGCGCUGUUGCUGGCCGCCCUGCUCGUGGCGCUGCUAGUGCUGGCCGUGCUCUACGGGCGCAGCCUCCAACGGCUGGCGGACGAGAGGCUGCGGAAGGGCUCAGACGCCGCCCCGCCGACGCCCUCCGUCGGCCCCAGCCCCGCCAGCGCGCGGCCCCCUGGCCCCUGGGACCGCCUGCGCCUCCCCGCUGCCUUGGUGCCCCUGCACUAUUCGUUGCUGCUGUGGCCCCACCUGGCGCCCGGCUUGCCCGAGCCCCGCACCUUCUCCGGCUGGGUGAACAUCACGGUACGCUGCCGCCAGGAGACCACCAGGGUGCUCCUGCACAGCCACCAACUGGCCUACAGCAGCACCGCCGUCUGGGGGCCGCUGGCCGGGCCCCGCCUCGGCAGCGGCGCCAACGCCAGCCGCGUGCCCCUGGCCGAGCUGUGGCUGGCCGAGCGCCACCAGUUCGCCGUGCUGGAGCUGCGCGAGAGGCUGCGCGCCGGCGCCCUCUACGAGCUGCGCCUGGCCUUCGACGGCCUCCUCUUCAGCGAAGGCGCUUUCCGCGGGCUCUUCUGCAGCGCCUACGAGGACCAGGGUGAGAGGAGGUGGCUGGUUGCUUCUCUGCUACAGCCAGCAGAUGCAAGGAGAGUUUAUCCAUGCUUUGAUGAACCUGCCAUGAAAGCUACUUUUAACAUCAGUAUUGUUCAUCAUCCAAGCUAUGUAGCACUUUCUAAUAUGCCUGCUAUAGAUGUUUCUGAAUAUAAAGAUGUAAAUGAGAGCAAACUGAGUAUGUUGAGUAACUGGAGUACACCGAGUAAUUGGACUGUCACAACAUUUAAAACAACACCAAAAAUGUCAACUUACAUCACUGCUUUUGUGGUCUGUAACUUUGAUUAUGUCACCAGAACUGUGAGGGGCAAUGAGAUAAGGAUUUGGGCUCAGAAAGAUGAAAUUAGGGAUGGGUGUGCUGACUACGCCUUAAAUAUCACUGGACCAAUCUUUUCAUUUAUGGAAGAAUUUUUAAACAUCAGUUAUCCUCUUUCAAAAACAGAUCUGAUUGCACUACCUGAUUUGGGAGCAGGUGCAAUGGAAAACUGGGGGCUGAUAACUUUCCAGAAAGAAUCCUUACUAUAUUGUCCACAAGAUAAAUUCACUGGAAUGAAAAUUGUUAUUCGCCAAAUCGUUUGCCAUGAAAUAGUACACCAGUGGUUUGGAAACCUGGUUACUAUGGAUUGGUGGAAUGACUUGUGGCUUAAUGAGGGAUUUGCCACUUACUUUGAAUAUCUGUGUGCAGACUACAUUGAAUCCAGUGUGCCUGUGAACAAAAUCUUUAGCAGUAACGUUUUAUUACCAAUGUUGCGGAUGGAUGAUGCAAUGCUACCUUGGUCUUUAUCAGGCAGUGAAGAAACAAAAGAAACAGAUUCAUUACUUGAACGGUUUAAUUUAUACACGUACAAGAAGGGGGCUUCCAUUCUCCGAAUGCUUUCCAGCUUUAUAAGUGAAAAACUAUUCAUCAAAGCACUUAAUCUCUACCUGAAUGAGUUUUCCUUUGCAAAUGCCAUCCAGGAUGAUCUCUGGAAUCACAUUCAAAAGGUAAUAGAUGAACAGACUGAUCUCCAGUUGCCAGCACCAAUAAAAGUUAUAAUGGAUUCUUGGACCUGCCAGCCUGGCUUUCCACUCCUGACUGUAAAUCUGUCCACUGGAAAUAUCAGCCAGGAGCAAUUUUAUGAUGAAAAAGACAAAAAUGAUACCAGUAUUUCCAAUAACACAUGGAUUAUUCCGAUUUCUUGGAUAAGAAAUGGAACUGUCCAGCCUUUAGUGUGGCUUGAUAAGAAAAGUGAAGUGUUUCCUGAAAUGAAAAUAUCAGAUUCAGAAUAUGAUUGGAUUAUUUUAAAUGCAAACAUGAAUGGUUAUUACAGAGUUAACUAUGGCCAGUUCUACUGGAGAAGAUUGGCCAAAAUUCUUGAAAGUGACCCAAAGGCAAUUCCUGUGGUAAACAGGUUACAGUUGCUGGAUGAUGCCUUUGAACUGAAACGGUCUGGUCACACUGAAUAUGAUACUCCACUGUAUUUAACUAAGUACCUUGAAAAAGAAGAUGAAAUCUUAAUUUGGAGUGUGGUACUGACAAAACUAGAAUUUACCAAUGCAAUGAAUAUUCUGAGUGAUUAUAAACUAUAUCCAGUUUUAAAGAAAUUCUUCUUAACACGAAUUUCUCCAAUAUAUCAUCAUUAUGCAAACCUCCUUCGUCAGAGUUUUGAAGUGUUUGCUGUUGACUAUUACACCAAAGUCGCUAUAGAAAGCAUCCUUAGAAUAGCAUGUUCGCUUGGUUUCCGUGACUGUUUAGAACUAGCUUCUGAAAUCUUCACCAAGUGGAUGGACAACCCCAAGUAUGAAAUUCCUCCAUGUAUUAGCACAACCAUUUGUUGCUAUGGUAUUCAAAUGGGUGGUGACAAAGAAUGGGACAUCGCAUGGAAAAAAUACAUCAGUAAUGAUUUUGAAAUAAAUGACAAUUAUGCAGUAUUUCCUGCCCUGGCAUGUACCCGUGAGCCAUGGAUACUUCAAAGAUAUUUGCAAUAUACCCUCAAUGAUUCAAUAAUUUCUCCAGAUCAGGUAUCAGAAGUUAUUGGUUCUGUGGCAGCAACUGAGGUUGGACAUCGGAUAGCAUGGAAUUUUUUAACAGAAAAUUGGUUGGUUUUAAGUAAAAGGCAUGGGAGUGAACCAUUACUUAAUUUCUUAGAAACUACACAGCAUUUUAUAACUACAGACUUGCAGAUCCAAAUGGUCCAGGUGUUUCUUAACAAUACACUUACAGAAGAAGAAAGAAUAGCUCCUAAUGACAUACUGCUAGCAGCAAAAUCUAAAAAUAAAGAAAGAAAAAAAGUAAUAACGGAAACGGUCAAAUGGCUACAGAAAAAUAUGGAUGGCUAA